GGGCGUAACGGCGCUAUUCCAGUGACUCCCUAACCAAUCUACCCUGAGGCUGCAAUUUUUCGCGUGGCGAAAAAAAGGCAAAAAGAAAAGGAAGAUAGUUCCCUUGUCCCGUAGAAGAUUUUAAAUUGUAUUUUUCGAUUUUAGCUUUCCCAAGAAAAGCUCGUAAAAUAAAAUGCGCGAAGUGAUCUCCAUCCAGAUUGGCCAGUGCGGCAUCCAAAUCGGCAACGCCUGCUGGGAGCUGUACCUGCUGGAGCACGGCAUCAAUUUGGAUGGCAGCCUGAAGAGCAAGGAGGAGCUGCAGGCCAGCGGCAGCAGUGCUAGUGUCGGUCACGACACCUCCGCCAACGAUGCUCGCACCUUCUUCACGGAGACUGGGAACGGGAAGCAGGUGCCUCGCACGAUAUUCGUGGAUCUUGAGCCAACGGUUAUUGAUGAUGUGAGGAAAGGCGAAAUGCGGGACCUCUACCAUCCAGAGCAGCUCAUUUCGGGCAAGGAGGAUGCGGCCAAUAACUAUGCCCGCGGACGCUACUCCAUUGGCAAGGAGGUGAUCGAUAAGGUGACCACGCGUCUGCAAAAGAUCGCCGAGCAGUGUGACAGCUUGCAGGGAUUCCUUAUCUUCCAUUCGCUGGGCGGCGGCACCGGCUCCGGCUUCACCUCGCUCCUCAUGGAGCGUCUGACCGCCGAUUACAGCAAGAAGUGCAAGCUGGACUUUGCCGUCUAUCCCUCGCCGAAGGUAUCCACCGCCGUGGUAGAACCCUACAACGCACUGCUCACCACGCACUCCACCUUGGAGCACUCGGACUGUGUGUUCAUGGUGGAUAACGAAGCCAUCUACGAUAUCUGCAACAAUAACUUGGGCGUAGACAGGCCGGCAUACAAGAACCUGAACCGCCUCAUUGCCCAAAUAGUUAGUUCCACCACGGCCUCGCUGCGUUUUAGUGGCUCCAUGAACGUGGAUCUCAACGAGUUCCAGACUAACCUGGUGCCCUUCCCGCGCAUCCACUUCCCGCUGGUGGCUUACGCACCGCUGGUGUCGGCGGAUAAGGCGGCGCAUGAACAGCACGCCAUCACCACGCUGACGAAUGCCUGCUUCGAGUCCUCCAACAUGAUGGUCAAGUGUGAUCCACGACAGGGAAAGUUCAUGGCCUGCUGCAUGCUCUACCGGGGCGAUGUGGUACCCAAGGAUGUGAAUGCCGCUGUCUCGGCCAUCAAGUCCAAGCGGCAUAUCCAGUUCGUGGACUGGUGUCCCACUGGCUUCAAGAUUGGUAUUAAUUACGAGAGGCCGGCCUUUGUCCCGGAUGGUGAUCUGGCCAAGACAUCGCGCGCUGUAUGUAUGCUGUCCAACACGACAGCCAUUUCGGUGGCCUUCUCCAAUCUGUCCUACAAGUUCGAUCUGAUGUUCAAGAAGCGGGCCUUCGUCCACUGGUAUGUCGGCGAGGGCAUGGAGGAGGGCGAGUUCACCGAGGCGCGGGAGAACAUUGCCGUUCUAGAGCGUGACUUUGAGGAGGUGGGCCUGGACAAUGCCGAGGAGGGCAACGAUGAGGAUCUUGAUGAAUAUUGAAAUUACAUUGCUGUUCCCCUUGUUUGUCCACCAGUCACUUCAAUAUUCCAUAAAAUAAUGUAAAAAAAAAAAAAAAAAAUCUUUAAAGGAAAAUGUGGCUUUAAUUGGGAAAGAAUUUUAGCAUUGAAUUAAUUUAAACAAUUGAAACAUUUUGUGUAAUAUUAGAAUUUAUGAUUGAAAUAGAAUCAUUUUUGGUUUGAGGACAAACCCCGUUGAA